UGGCUGGGAGGACACUGUUAACCGAGGAGUGGGGGACACUCCCUGCUUUCAGAAAUGGCCUCUGGGAACGCCCACAUUGGCAAACCAGCCCCAGACUUUCAUGCAACAGCUGUGGAGAACGGAGCCUUCAAAGAGGUCAAGCUGUCGGACUACAGAGGGAAAUACGUGGUCCUGUUCUUUUACCCCUUGGACUUCACUUUUGUCUGCCCUACUGAGAUCAUCGCCUUCAGCGAGAAUGCCAGUGCCUUCCGUCAGCUCAACUGUGAGGUGCUUGGUGUCUCUGUCGACUCCCAGUUCACUCAUUUGGCCUGGAUCAACACCCCACGGAACACAGGGGGCCUAGGCACCAUGAACAUUCCUUUGCUGGCUGACCUGACCCACAGCAUCGCCACUGACUACGGGGUGCUGAAGGAAGAUGAGGGCAUCGCCUACAGGGGCCUAUUCAUCAUUGACAACAAGGGCAUCGUGCGGCAGAUCACGAUCAACGACCUGCCUGUUGGGCGUUCGGUGGAGGAAAUCCUGAGACUUGUGCAAGCUUUCCAGUACACAGACAAACAUGGCGAGGUGUGCCCAGCAGGCUGGAAGCCUGGAAGUGACACCAUCAAGCCCAAUGUGAAGGACAGCAAGGAGUACUUCUCAAAGAACAACUAGCCACUCCCCUAAGCUUGCACCAGCCAAGGCUGGCCACUCACUACUGAAGGAACCUCUGGUGUAAUGUGAAUGUGCAGGGCCAGACUCCCAUUCCCUUCUUUUUCCCCCCUCCUCCCCCUCCAACCAUAAUCCUUCACUGACCUUGGAGUUGAGGGUACCCACCCUCCAUGGUGCUAAGUAGAGGCAAACCUGUGCCCAAUAAAAGUAUCUAGAAAAGGAA